AUACCAUUAAUAAUUCACGUGAUUGUUUCCCCAGCUCUUCAACUAGUAGAAUACUCUGAGGGUGAUGGCAUCGAUGUAGUCUUUGCUGGCGGAAGAAGAGCAUUUUAUCCGAACACAGUACCAGACCCUGAAUACCCUGACAAAAAUGGCACGAGAUCCGACGGUCGUAAUCUUAUUAACGAGUGGUUGGAGAAAAAUCCCGGUGCGGUCUAUCUGUGGAAUAAGACUGACUUUGAUUCWUUAGACGUUAAUAAAGUAAAGCGAGUGAUGGGGCUUUUUCAGCCUAGUCAUAUGCAGUAUGAGGUCGAACGAGCCAGCGACGCAGCCGGAGAGCCKUCAAUAGCAGAAAUGACAGAAACUGCUAUCAAGAUACUUAGUAAAAAUCCCAAAGGUUUCUUCUUAUUUGUUGAAGGUGGUCGUAUCGACCAUGGUCACCAUAGCAGCAAAGCUGUCAAGGCUUUGACYGACAAYGUUGCCAUGGCAARAGCUGUUACCAAGGCAAUUAGUAUUCUGGACRARGAAGAAACACUAAUGGUGACUACCGCUGAUCAUAGUCACGUGUUCAGCAUGGCGGGAUAUCCACGACGUGGAAAUCCCAUAUUUGGUAUUGUUAUUGAACCCGACAAUACUACUGCAAUUGGCAARGAUGGGUUACCKUAUACAACCUUGGGCUAUGCCAAUGGACCCGGGGGCCUGGUCCCGGGUACUAAUAGGAGUAACUUAACGGGUGUUAAUACCGMUGACAAGGACUUUAAACAGCARUCUCUYGUCUUGAAGUCUAGUGAGACGCAYGGAGCUGAAGAUGUUGGUAUCUACGCCACAGGCCCUGGUGCCUAUUUAUUCCACGGCGUUGUUGAACAAAACUAUAUCUUCCAUGUAAUGGACCACGCCCUUUGUCUUACACCAAGCAAACAAGGCACGUGUUUGAAGCAUGUGCAACGGGGUGGGAAAGCGCCCACCUCAAAACCCAAACCUCCUUCAUCGGCUGUUGCUAUGAGCGCCUGGGGCUAUUUAGCUAUCUUCUUAUUGCUAUCUCUUAGCCUGUUGAUACAAUAUAUUAGUGAUUGUUAGUUUUUCUACUUUGUCUGGAGAAUUCGAAGAUCCAUUACUCUGUUUUCCUUGCAGCCGAGCAAAUAUAUCAUUUCCGUAGAAAAUACAAUUUGGACACACUAAAAAACCGACGUCCCAAAACUAGAAAUAUCCGUACGUACGUUUACGUAGCAUAGCGGUGUCCCUCAUAGGCACUCACAUGAYAURUGAUUCCUUGUUUUAAAUAAACCAGAUUUUCAUCUCUUUUUUAUCAUU